AUGGAGAGUCUAGAAGUACGAGGCAGCUGGAGUAAAAAGUUGGAGUAUAUUUUAGCUGUGAUAGGUUACGCUGUGGGACUGGGAAAUGUUUGGCGAUUCCCAUAUUUAUGUUAUCGCAGUGGAGGGGGUGCUUUUCUACUGCCAUUUUUUAUUAUGUUGAUAUUAUGUGGUGUUCCCCUGUCCUAUAUGGAGAUGGCAGUGGGACAAUACACCAGACAGGGACCAGUAGGGGCUUUAAACAAACUAUGUCCAUUUUUUAAAGGGGCAGGGUUAGCUACAGUUGUGAUUUCAUUUCUCUUUACAACCUAUUACAUCGUAAUUAUUUCCUGGUCCUUUUAUUACUUAUUUAAUACAUUUCAAUCACAACUCCCCUGGCAGACUUGUAACCAUGAGUGGAAUUCAGAGUUCUGCUGGGAUAAAAGUAUGGUCAACUCAUCAGAGUAUAUCCGUCCAAAUGAUACACGAUCACCCACUGAAGAUUUUUUCAUAGAGAACCUGUUAGAAAGGUCAUCAGGUAUUAAUGAACAAGGCUCUAUGAGAUGGCAACUGGUUUUAAUUUUAUUAUUAGGCUGGAUUAUUAUCUAUUUCUGUAUCUGGAAAGGCCCCAAAUCUACCGGUAAGGUGGUAUACUUCACAGCGUUAUUCCCAUAUGUGGUGUUAAUAAUAUUGUUGGUACGUGGUCUAACGCUACCUGGUGCUGUAGAUGGAAUUAUAUUCUUUAUUAAACCUAGGUGGGAGCUGUUAUUAGAUGCUACAGUAUGGGUUAAUGCUGCAGCUCAGACAUUUAAUUCACUUGGUGUGGGGUUUGGAGGGUUAAUAACUAUGUCCAGUUAUAGUAAAUUUAAUAAUAACAUUAUCAAAGAUGUAGUGAUAUUGGCUACAGUAGAUGCUGUAACCUGUAUACUGGCAGGGUUUGCUAUAUUCUCUAUAUUGGGCAAUCUUGCCUACAAUCAGGAUACAAUUGUAGAAAAUGUAGUCAAGGAAGGUCCUGGUCUAGUGUUUGUUAUUUACCCUCAAGCCUUUGUAUCUAUGCCAGCAGCUCAACUAUUUGCCUUUCUAUUUUUCUUCAUGUUAAUUUGUCUAGGAAUAGACAGUCAGUUUGCAUCGGUAGAAGUUAUUGUGACCACUAUACAAGAUCAUUUUUCACCUCAAGUUCGUAAAUAUUUAAAACGUAAAGAAGUGUUGGUUCUUAUUGUUUGUUUUGUAUCGUUUUUAUUUGGUUUACCAAAUGUAUCUCAGGGAGGUAUUUAUUUUUUCCAACUCAUAGAUUAUUAUGCAGCAGCCUUAUCUCUCAUGAUUUUGGCAUUUUUUGAAGUUAUUGGAAUUACAUGGUUUUACGGUGCUAAUAGAUUAGCGAAGAAUGUUGAAGAAAUGACUGGUAGAAAACCUCAGUUAUUUUUUGUUAUUUGUUGGUAUGGGUUAUCUCCUCUUCUCAUAUUGGGAAUCUGGGUGUUUAGUAUGAUUCAAUAUAAACCAUUAGAGGUAGCCGGGUAUGAGUAUCCCGGGUGGGCCGUUGGGUUAGGAUGGGUUAUAGCUCUACUAUCUGUAGCUUGUAUACCACUGGGUAUGAUACAUGCUGUUAUUACAGCUAAAGGGUCCAAUAUUUGGCAGGUUAGGCAAUUACCUUAUAUUAUUAGAGUAGGACAAGCAGUGGCUCAAUGA